AUGGCCGGCCGUAGAAGGAGAGAGACCCGUGCACGCUACAUCGUAUUUCGCCAUGCCACUCGUGUCCAGCGCUUCCUCGCCAGUUUUGAAGACGACCGCCGUCUCAAGCCAGGACACCAGCAGCUUCACUCGUUUGUCGUUCCUGGCUUGCAAGGAGGCAAACACACGGUCGAUGUCACCCAAGACAUCACCGCAAAGUCAGAAUCCAAGGAGCUGACGGCAACGCAAGAGUUCUACGUCGACACUCCCGAGUUUGCCAUACCAGAGGGCGAGAUCCACUCUGUCUAUCCACCUCCCGGGCACGAAGAGCGAUCUGAGGCUUUGCCGCAUGUCGUCUUCAACACGCCCGAGUUUCCCUGGGAAUGGCGAGCAAGCUACAUCGAAGAUGUGCCGGAUUACAAGCAGAAUAGGAACCGUGUCCCUUGGCUCGCGGUGCUUGUUUUCACCAAAGAUGAGCUACAGCUGUCGCCAGAAGAUCUCCAGGGCGACAAGAGCAUCUUUCGUAAUACGGAGAAGCUCGCAGAUGGCGCGAAGCAAACCAACACGCUGGCCGUCAACAUGCUCGUCAACGAUGUUCCCAAGCUCACAGACACAGCGUCGCCUGUGAAGCCUUCGGAAGCAGAGCCUGACGCCACAACAGACAUCAUCUUCGUCAAGAACGAGCUGUUCUCAACCCUCUUCGCCAAGUACGACGACAAAGGCCAUGAAGAUACGAGCGCCACUCAGGCAGAUGUGCGCCCGUACAGGUUCUUGGCGCACAAGAGGGACAUCAACACAGAAGGCAUGGCUGUCGCGGCCCUCACUGCCACAGAAGAAGAUCAAUCGUCUUACGGCGUCGUCUUUUCCCACAGAACCGGACCGGUUACCAUCACCAAGCCGACACAAAUCAUUGCCCACCUUGUUUCCAUCCGCGGCGUCGAGGUGAUGCCGUGGCCGGUAGCCAAGGAGAAGAGAUACGUGGCAAUGUCCAGCUUGCACAGUUGGAGCUAUACGUGUCUCCCACCCGACACCCCCAGCAUCAAGGACAUGUUUGAGGCGUUGGGACGAUCCAGCGCAAUGUUGCGUUCCAACGUCAACUUGGACCAGCUGGAUCCCCCAACUGAUGCGCCCCAAGCAGUGCAAGACCGAGUUUUGCAACGCUUGCACGACGGCUACGCUCUGGCUCGCUAUCGAAUCCAGACGGGAGAGCAGACAGGAUGCUUCAUCCGAGGGCCUUUCAUCCCUGUCAAAAUCCCCUCUGACAUCACUCGCCCAUGGCACUCCCUCUCGACUUCGGGCUCAGACCUACAGAUCCUCGACCAGCAGCUUGGUCUGAUGGAUAUCACGUAUUCGGCAGCUUGGCAGAUCGGCCGUACUCUCGCCAUCUCAGAUGCUGACCUCGUCUCGCGACUUGGCCAAGUCCGCAAGCAGAUAUACGACCGAGGCAUGCACUAUGCCCAGCUGGCGGCUUUGAGAGCCCACGGAACUCGUUCCAAGAGCGAACUCAUCGCACAGCUACCCGCCAUGGUUGCGGCGCUGCAGACUCUGCACAAGACGGCGCAACUUUCCACCUCGGACGUCCAGGCUCGCUCUCGACGAUGGUUGCGCCACUCGGUAGAGCCAGUUGACCUUUCGUACAGUGGCCGUGAGGCACAUGCCAUGAGCGUGGCAGCAAACGAUGAAGACACACUUCCGCAGUUCCUUCUCAAAGCCGCCAAGGAGAUUGCCAGUGCGAUUAACCCAGAGAAGCCGGACGAGCCAUCCGACGUGCCGUACAACGAGUUCAACACUCCCUAUUCUCCCGACUGGAUGGCAUUGCUGAAGUUCAUUCUCGACAAGCAAGUGCUGGAAAACAUCCCUUUCCACUAUCUGAUCCCGGACAUCAGCGCUCUUCCUCUGGAGAGCAUGCGCUUCUUCCGGAUUGACUGGCGCUGGAUGGACGCUCUGCUUGAUGGAGCGCUGAGUUUGUCGAAUUACAUCGAUCAGGACAACGACAAAGUUCGCGAUGCCAUCUUCGGCGCCCUCAAGUGGUUUCACGAAACGGGCGUGGCUGAGCACGGCGGCGAAGUGCCUCCCGUACCCGUCUAUGGCUGUCUGAUUCGCUCGAAUCUCAUUGUCAAGUUUCCUGACAUGAAAGUGGAGGUUCUGCCUCAACAAUUGCCUGACAAGCCUCCCGUCCUGAUGAGACACAAGAUUGUGACCCCAGAUACCAUGCUGUGCCUCUUCUCAAAGGAACCGUCAGAGCCGGACUUUAAUGGACUCGCCCUCACUCAGCCGCCUCACCAGCAGACCUUUGUGGCCGGCAGCGACCUCAAGAAAGACAAGAUUCAGAUUAGAUAUAAGAAGGCGUACACCGCAGAUGAGGGAUCAGACGACGUUACCAUUCCUAUUGCCAUCAAGGAAUGGUCGCCCAGUGAUCCCGAGACCAAGGAGGCUGUUUAUCUCUGGGAUGUCACGCCACCGUCUUCGCCUACAAUUGAGGCACGCAGGCUGUUGAUGGAAAGCUUUGCAAGUGACUACCUAAAGACUGUCCAGGAAAAGAUGGAUAAGAAGUACUUUGACGACGACACUGCCACGUCAGCUCUGAUGGCAGCGGAGAUGGGUUCCGUUGCUUGGCGACUCAAGCUCAAGCUCUCGCAGACCGAGGCCGGAGACGAGGUCGAAAUAGACCCAGAAGUCUCGCCAAGCGAUGCGCCUCUCCCUGAGUGGGCUCGUCGUCAUCGCCUCCAUCGUCGUCCUCUUCCCUCUCACGCAAUCCAAAAGCCCUCUCAGUUCUACUCUACGAGGCCCGUCUUCUACUACAAGGUUUCAUCCACUGAAACGCCAUCGUCGAACACCAUCGUCGCAACGGACGUCGCACAAGAUCUCAUUUUCCGCAUCAAUCUGGAGCCUUACACAGCCGGCGAUUAUAAGCUGGAGGAACUCACGAUCAAGGUCCCCUUCGGCACACCACAGCAGUUUCCACGCGUCCUCAUGGCAACGUACAAAGGCAGUGGAGCAGAAAUGACAUCCAACAUCAGGUUCAAUGUCAUGGUUGACCUGGAGACCACGGAUGAAAAAGUGACGGGCAUGACCCUCCGCAUGGUUCCGCGCAGCAGACGCGGUUACGUGCCCGUGUCGAGCUGCAGCGAGAUCAGCUUCAUCCUCAGCGGCGUCGUGGUCAGCCAAGUGACGCAGAAGACGUAUGUCUAUUUGGAGAUUAAGGAGCAUUAUAGAAAUCAAGGCGAGUGGAAGCCAAAGGAAGAUCCUGACAGUAUUGUUUUGGUUCCUCCGCCGGCUACGGAGAAGGCAAUGAACUUGAAGAGGAUCUUCUCGGCGGCACCGUCUUAG